ACGUGCACCAGAAAGAACAUCUCGACUUUCCGCAACUCUAUAAAUAUAAUGCCCACUGUGUCCCAACAAUUUUCUUCUGAACCAACAAAACUCAACGAUCACUCUCUCAUUCUCAUUCCAUUUCCUAAAACAAUUUUCUUUUCUUUCUCCUUUUCAAUGCCUACCACAAUCAACUGCCUCGCGCUCCACCAUAACAUCCUCUACGCCGCUUCAUCAAACCAAAUCCACGUUUUCGACUUAUCCGACUACACCCACGUCGACACUUUCAACGAUGAUUCAUCUUCCGGCUCAGUAAAAUCCAUGGCGUUUCAAAACACCAAAUUGUUCACAGCUCACCAAGACUCCAAAAUCCGUAUCUGGCAAAUCACGUCUUCAAAACGACACCGUCUCUUGUCCGUUUUACCCACUGUAAAAGACCGUCUUCACCGUUUUAUCUUGCCGAAGAACUACGUCCGCGUUCGUAGACAUCAAAAGAAGCUAUGGAUCGAACAUUACGACGCCGUUUCCGGAUUGGUGGUCGGUGGAGGUGGUUUGGUAUACUCUUCUUCUUGGGAUAGAAGUUUCAAGGUCUGGUGCGGGUCGGAGCUCCGGUGUUUGGAAUCAGUGAAAGCUCACAACGACGCCGUUAAUGCCAUUGCUGUUUCCGAUGACGGAAUGGUGUAUACGGCCUCAGCGGAUGGGACUGUCAGAGUUUGGGAAAGAGAUGAGAAAGAGAGAAAGCACUCCAUGGUAACUACACUGGACAAGCACAAAUCAACCGUGAAUGCUCUCGCUUUGAACGGUGAUGGAACGGCGUUGUUCUCCGGUAGUUGCGACUGUUCGAUCAUGGUCUGGGGGAGGGAAACCGACGGUGGGAUUUCGAGUAGCAUGGUGUUCGUGGAGGAAUUGCGUGGUCAUGCAGGAGCUGUACUUUGUUUAACGACCGUUGAUGAUUUGUUAAUUAGCGGGUCAUCUGAUCGCACGGUGAGGAUAUGGCGACGUGGUAAGGAUGGUGAGUUUCACUGUAUGGGAACAUUGGAAGGGCAUGAACAGCCUGUGAAGUGUUUAGUGGCAGUUUGGGAUGGUGAAUCAAACGGUGUCGUUUUGAAGGUUUGUAGUGGGAGUUUAGGUGGGGAAAUUAAACUGUGGGAGGUCUCUGUAUUACCAAACCUUAUUAUUAGCAGCAGGUCACUGUGUUUGAUAGGUUCACAAAAUUAAUUAAAAUUACAAAAUAAAUAAUUAAAUAAAAGGGAAAGAAAAGGAUGUCACCCAUAUUCAA